AUGAGGUGGGUGAGUCUUUUCGUGCAGUGGUCCCCGUGCAAGUAGUAAGAGCCAGCUAUGCAGUAGCAUUCGGAUAUGUGCUCGCUGACACUGCAGAUAAAAGUUGGAAAAUGUUUAAAAAAGGUGGAGGUCCAAAGAAAAUAUUAGUGGAAACUGGUGAUGCUCUGCUCUGGCAGACCUUGGCAUCAGUUGCUAUACCGGGAUUAGUUAUAAACAGGAUAUGUGCAUUCACACAGAGGCAACUUCAAAGAAAUGCAAGUAAGAUACCCCUUACACCUCGCAAGAUAAUAACGGUGAGUGUGGGUCUCAUAUCUAUACCCUUCAUCAUACAUCCCAUUGAUGCUGGUGUUACUAUUUUCAUGAAUAACACCUAUAGAAAAUGGAUUUAGAUGUAUCACUAUCAGACAUUAUUGGCUUAAAAAUGAAUAAUAAUUUUGUUUUUUUCUAAUAAUAGAGACAUAGUUAUGAGAACUUUUUGGGUAGAAAUUUAGCUGGCUUCGGAAGGAUUGGAAAUGCCUGAUGCUUUAAAUUUUUAUUUGGGUAGAGAUGUACGUGUAUACUUGAUAUAACACUGCCAUAUUAUGUCAAAUCUAAAUAAAUAUGUUUAUUUUAUAAACAUAUAAAAUUAAUAAAUUAUCCAUAGAAAAGAACAUAUACAUGGUGUUAUGUAAAAUAUCUAAAAUUUUAAAUACAGCCAAAUACAAUGAAUAUGUUAUAUGUAUAAUGAACAGUUGAGAUAGUAUUUGGUAUGUUUAAUUAUAAAAUUAAUCAUCUCCAUAAGGACGAAGUUAUUCAUGCAGACCAAAAUGGCGACAGUUUAGAUUUAAACACAUAUUAUUUAAUGUCAUCAUAGAUAAAAGAAAAUUUAAUCUAUGAUGACAUUAACUUUGAGGGGCCAUAUAGGAAAGUAACUUAAUAUGCACUAUUUACAAAAUGGAUUAAAAAUUGUCAAUAUUUUUAUAUGUAUUUGUUUUAGGUCAAUUAAAACUAACUUAAGACAGUCACUAUAGUUGCUAUGUUUUAAUAUUUCAAUUAUGACAAAUCACUUUCCUUAUGUGGCCCAUACAUUACUACCAAGAAUUUUAUUGAUACCAAUAUAACCGAAACACCUUUUGGUAAAUAUUCUGUAGUUGCUCGAUAAUUAUUAAUGUUAAUUUUAUUAGAAUUAGAAUGUGGUUCAACACUUAUAGGAGUUUCAGACAAAAAGUAGUAUAGUUGCUUGAAUUAUCUUGAAACACCUAGAAUACGAGUAAUUUUUAUUCUUUUUGUACUAUUGUUUAUAAAGUACAUUACGGUAAGCAAUAUACAAUCAAGAAUAUUUGUAUAUAUAUAACGACAUACAUAUUUAAAGUAAAAAACGUUAUUGCAACCUCCAUUUUGAAGAAUAAAACUCUUAUGUUCCUAUUGAAUUUUUAAACGUAUUCAAAUGUCAAUUACGGGUGUAAAAAUUUAUGCCAAAGACAUCAUGAUAAUUUUUUUUUAAUCUAUAUUAAGAAAUAGACAAUAUUAUUUUGUUUAUUGUUAAUAUAUUAAUAUAUACAUAUAUUCGGGAUUCUUCUAUAAGACGGCGAACUUUAAAAUGUUUAUACAAUAUGGCUGCCACUUUAGUAUAUCUUAGCUAUACAAUUUUUGUUAAAUAUGUUAGAGUUUAUUAUUUAAAUUAUUCUUGUUGAUCUGUUAUUGUUGAUAAUAAAUUAUGUUAUUUAAAA